UGAGUAUGUAAAAAACUCCUGAGAAACAAGAAUUAAGUUAAGCUUUGCUCUUGUCUAUAAGUUAAUAUUCAUGGGAUAAAUAAAUUAGAUUAACAACAGAUGAGGAUGUAUUAUGUAGUUAUAGUAAAUUCUCAAAUGAUUAAGGAGUAUGAAUUUAAUGAUUAAAUUCUUUAGAGUUAUCUGGAGACCAAGAAAGAUUAAGGAAAUGUAUUCAUUAAAAAAUGCAAUAAAGUUCAAAUUGAUGAUGUUUAAGAUCAAGAACAUAAAUAAUUAUUAUUAUUGUUGAAAGAGAAAGAUAAGAGAAUAGAAGAAUUAGAACAUUAUUAAGUAUGGUUGUAAGAGUAGAAUGAGAAAUUGAAAUUGAAUUAGCAAAUGAUGAUGUAAAUUUCAUCUGAAUAUUAGUGAAGAUUAAUCAAUGAAUUAAUUACAAACAGAUUCAACAUCAAAAAUACAUCUAUAAAAAAUAGAAGAUCUAGAAUUCUAGAUUAAUUAAUCAGAACAAUAAUACCAUAAGAGUUUAAAAAGUCUUGGAUAAUUCGAAAAAGAAAAUUCUACUCUAAAAACUAAAAUAUUUGAAUAUGAGCAAAAGUUAUUUUAAUAAUAACAUCAAUAUAAAGUAGCUGAAUCAAUUCAUGAAGUAAUUCCUAAUUCAUUUUUAUAUAGUAAUCAAACUUAAAAUAUGAAGAACAACAUUAAAUAAAUUAAUCCAAAAUUUAUGAGUUACAAUAAUACAUACAAAACCAAGAAUCUUAUAUAAAUAAAUUAUAAAAUGAUGUAACUCAUUAAGACUAUAGUUUUUAGGUCUAAUUAUCAAGAAAGAAUUCUAAGGAAAACAUUAGUAAAUAAUACAAGUCUGUAGUGUUGAGAGAGAAAUCCCCUCAAUUGAAUUAGUAUGACUAACAUUAGAUCAAUAAAUUUGUUGAAUGUAUUGUCGAUAUGGUGAUGAACUGUACAUUGAGUCAAGCUUAAGCUAAACCAAGGUAAAUUAAUAGGAAAUUAAAUAGUUUGAAAGAAUGUUGGAAAUGGCUUAAAAAUAUUUUAGAAGAAUACAUGAUUUUGAAAAAGCAAAUCCUUUAAGAUACCAACAAAACCCACUCUACUAAAUCCAGUUAAUUUGUAGGAAAGGAAAUCAAUGGGGAGAGAAAAAGAGAUCACAGUUUUUUUAAUGAUUUGAAUAGGAGAUUUUAGACAUCUGUUGAGGAUUCAGAGAACAAAUAUUUAAGAUCUAACACUCUUUUAAGUAGAGUUCAAAAAUGAAUUAAUUAUUAUUGCUG